AUGAAUCGCUGGUUCGGUAGUGAGUCUCCGGCUUCGGCAGCACGCAACGACGAACUCCCGUCCGAUGAGGCCGAGAAGGGCACAACGAUGCCGGGUAUGGUGCACCGGGCCGAACGUGUCCUCGAGCAAGCCACCAGCGCGGGCAUCCGAGGGAUUCCGUCCCGAUUGCUCCGAGAUUGUUACGGACUCGUGCUACUCUCCGGAGUCUCCACCUCGUUCCUUCUCUCCGGGAGUCUCGCCACUGGAAUUGUUCUCGCUAAAGCCGAUCCGCCCUCUUCCAGCGUUCCAACAGAAAGGUUGUCCUGUCCAACGGCUUCCUCCAAAGCCGAAAUCGCCAAUCCAUCGCGAGUUCCAGAUAACGACGACACCGUGGAAUGGACUUAUCCGUGCGCCUGUGUCGUCAGCGGCAAAGGCUGGGGCCUAUCCGUAGGUGUCGUCUAUCAAGAUAUUAUGAUUUUUCUAAUGGAGCCCUCCGCACUGCAGUUCUACGGCAAUCGCUUGGGGGUCAGUAUUGGAGGUCACGUCGGUAUCACUUUGGGAGUCGGCCGCAAUCUGGGGGUCUCGCUGGGACGUAAAGGAGGCAACGUGUCGAUUGCAUGGACCAAGGGCGCUGCGGCGGGCGUUUCCGUCGAUGGCGGUGUGGUCGGCGUGCGCCCCCAAGUCAACGCCGAUUUCUACCAACGGCCCGGCAUUACGGCGCAGCAAAUACUCCUCGAACACCAUCGCAACAACUUGAUCCUCCCCGCCAGCCAAGCACACGUUCUGGACCGAUUGUACGAGAAACUUCACGCACUCGUCCGGCAAUCGCAACGGGAGGAAGGGGCCUUUGCGCCGGCGCCGGAUCCGGCCGAAGCCCAAGCGAUUCAAGAUGCAAUCCAGGAAAAAGGAGGCUUGCGACAAGCUUCCACUCAAGAUGAUCAGAUGGAACGCCAAGCCCGCAAGGUUAAGGUCUCCAACUGCUUGCAGGAAUACGACACCGACCAGAACGCGUCGGCACAGUAA